AUGUCACGGACGACGGCGCGGUCGGCGGCGUCGAGGCUGGGGUGCGCCAGAGCGCCUGCAGGAUGUACUCUACCGAGUCCUUGGCCCGCGCGCGCGGGCCAGCGGCGGGAGGUGCGCGUAAACGGAGGAAGACCCACGGCCUCUGCAUCUGCGGCGGCGACGGUGAGUGCGUCGCCGGCCCUGGGGGUCCAGCCGCUGUCCAAGAUCGCCAUCCACAAGGCCACCGUUCACCUUGACCUCCACCGCUCCUCCGCGUACGUGCGGGCGACGCCGGCAGUGCUCGGCGGCCAGGACGAGGACACUGUGUGGGUCACCGUCAAGUACGGCUGGGAUAACCCCACCCCCGACGACUGGAUCGCCGUCUUCUCCCCCGCUGAUUUCAUCUCGGGCACGUGCCCUAACCCCGAGAGGUACCCCGCCGAGCCACUGCUCUGCACGGCGCCUAUCAAGUAUCAGUAUGCCAACUACUCGGCGAACUACCUCAAAGGUGGCAAGGGCACCAUCCGGCUCCAGCUCAUCAACCAGCGCGCCGACUUCUCCUUCGCCCUUUUCACCGGCGGCCUCGAAAACCCGAAGCUGGUGUCGGUGUCUAAGGCGGUGGUGUUCAAGAACCCCAAGGCGCCGGUGUUCCCGCGGCUGGCGCAGGGCAAGACCCACGACGAGAUGACCGUGACGUGGACCAGCGGCUACGACGUCAGCGAGGCCUACCCGUUCGUGGAGUGGGGCAUGGUCGGCGCCGCCGGCGCGCGCACGCCCGCCGGGACACUGACCUUCAACCGCGGCAGCAUGUGCGGCGAGCCGGCGCGAACGGUUGGGUGGAGAGAACCCGGGUUCAUCCACACGGCGUUCAUGAGGAACCUGUGGCCCAACAAAGAGUACUUCUACAAGAUUGGGCAUGAGCUCUCCGACGGAACCGUGGUGUGGGCUAAGCCCUACACCUUCCGGGCACCACCAACCCCCGGGCAGAACUCGCUGCAGCGCAUCAUCGUCUUCGGUGACAUGGGAAAGGCGGAGAGGGACGGAUCAAAUGAGUUCGCCAACUAUCAGCCAGGGUCGCUCAACACGACGGAUAGGUUGAUUGAAGAUUUGGACAACUACGACAUCGUCUUCCACAUCGGCGACAUGCCCUACGCUAACGGGUACCUCUCCCAGUGGGACCAGUUCACCGCACAGGUUGCCCCCAUCAGCGCCAAAAAGGCCUACAUGGUUGCAAGUGGCAACCACGAGAGGGACUGGCCCAACACCGGUGGGUUUUUCGACGUCGAGGACUCCGGCGGGGAAUGUGGCGUGCCCGCCGAGACCAUGUACAAGGUGGACUAUGGGAUGUUCCGGUUCUGCGUGGCGGACUCGGAGCACGACUGGCGGGAGGGGACUCAACAGUACAAGUUCAUCGAGGAAUGCCUCUCCACGGUGGACCGCAAGCACCAGCCGUGGCUCAUCUUCACGGCGCACAGGGUGCUCGGCUACUCCUCCAACUCGUGGUACGCCGACCAGGGCUCCUUCGAGGAGCCAGAGGGCCGGGAGAGCCUGCAGAAACUGUGGCAGAAGUACCGCGUCGACAUUGCCUACUUCGGCCACGUCCACAACUACGAGCGUACAUGCCCGCUCUACCAGAGCCAGUGCGUCAACAACGAGAAGAGCCACUACUCGGGCACCAUGAACGGGACCAUCUUCGUCGUGGCCGGCGGCGGCGGUAGCCACCUGUCGGAGUACACCACGGCGAUCCCCAAGUGGAGCAUAUUCAGGGAUCACGACUACGGGUUCACCAAGCUGACGGCCUUCAACCACUCGUCGCUUUUGUUUGAGUACAUGAAGAGCAGCGAUGGCAAGGUCUACGACUCCUUCACCAUCCACAGGGACUACCGUGACGUGCUCAGCUGCGUGCACGACAGUUGCUUCCCCACCACACUCGCUAGCUGA